AUGCCUGAUGUUAUGGAUAGUUCUCAAUUCUCACCAAACUCUGCAUCUGCGGCAACGAUCACAAUGGCGCCUCCAGAAUCUCCAGAAUCACCUACUCUGGCAAUGCGCCGACUGCCAUUCACCGAUUCUCUGAAUGCACGUUCAAAAUCAAUUACCACCGCCGACCUCAACACCCAUGGGGUCCUAAAUCGACAUGCCACCAAGAACACGUCAUAUCAAGUCGGUAUUUCGGAAGACAAGGGCACCCGAAGAACGAUGGAAGACUCCCAUUCCUUUGUCGUCGAUUUUGACAACAUACGCGGACAGGGAUUUUUCGCAGUCUUCGACGGACACGCAGGGAAACACGCUGCUGAGUGGUGUGGAAAUAAUUUUCACGAGACUCUGCUGCAUUGUCUGAGAAACCCAUCGAAACCCAACUCUACAGUCCCAGAUAUCCUCAAUCAAUCAUUUCAAGAAGUCGAUGCACAUCUUUCACGAAUGGCGGAAGAAUCCGAGGGUAAGAUCCACUCAGGUUGCACCGUGGUCACUGCCCUCGUUCGAAUCGAGGAUGAAAACAAAAAACAAUCGUUCCUGGGAGUGGACUCGUCUCGUUGUUCUCCUGCUCCAGAAUCUCCUAAAUCAUGUCGGAGUCGUAAUGUCGCCGAUGGCGAAGACAACGCUUAUAAUACCCACGAUCGCGAUAAUGCCGAGACUCCCGAUGCGGGAUCGGGGGAUGACUUGGGCAAGAAUGGAAGUAAUGGAAAGAAGGAGAAGAAGUUGAGCGGCACCCGAAUCAAGAAUGCAUUCAAGAGCUUGGGCACGGGCAUUUCCUCGCCGAAGACCCCAAGGUCUGGUUCGCCGGCCAGUUUAUCACGUCGGGAAUCUGGAGAAAAUAUCGCAGUGAGGACACCACCACCCGACGCAAGAAAGGUGCUAUAUUGCGCCAAUGCUGGCGACGCGAGAGGAGUUCUCUGUCGUACCGGCAAGGCCGUUCGGUUGACUUACGAUCAUAAAGGGUCAGACAAACAAGAAGCUAAGCGGAUCACAGACGCUGGCGGAUUUGUCAUGAGUGGUAGGGUGAAUGGGGUGUUGGCGGUCACGAGAAGCUUGGGGGAUUCGUCGAUGAAAGAGUUCGUGGUCGGCGCUCCUUACACUACCGAAACGGAGUUGUGCGAUGAUGACGAGUUUUUAAUUUUGGCGUGUGACGGCCUUUGGGACGUCAUCAGUGACCAAGGCGCUGUUGACCUAAUACGCGACAUUGAAGAUGCACAGGCUGCCAGUCAGAAACUCUUGAAGUACGCCCUUUCGCAUCAUACCACUGACAAUGUUACCGUCAUUGUCGUGCGUUUCAAGAACCAAGGGGUUUCUGCUUAA